CCUUUUCCUCUUAGGACUCCACUAAGUGGCUUCCCAAGUCUCCUAAACUAUACAGUAGCCAUAACUGGAGCUCUCAGGGCUCUCGCUGGGCCUCUUUGAAAGGAAAGGAAGGUUUUCAUGGUGGUAACCUGUACAAAUUGAGCUCUGCUAAUGGAAAAUGGAGAGGAGGAAGGAUCAGUCCUGAGCAAGAAGCAGAGGAGCUGGAGGAUCCCGAUGACGAACCUGUCUCCAAGUUUUCUGGCAGCCUUUUUGAUACUGAUGACAGCAUGAGAGAUCAAAGAAACACCAGACCAUCUCUUCAGGAAAAGCACAAAUCAGCAACAAAAGGGAAGAGUAGCCUUGGGGUGCAGUCACCCAUCUCAGCAGCAGGCAGCUUCCCCAGUGAGAGUAGCCAGAUCCCAGAGGAACUGAGGGCAGUGGAUGUGCCACAGCCCCCAUUGAAGAUAACCAUUACUGUGUGCAGUCAAAUGGGGAGUCUUGGUAUUAGCAUUGCUGGUGGAAAGGGCUCAUCUCCAUGUAAAGACAAUGAUGAGGGGAUCGUGACUGCGCGGCUGCCAAAAGAUGGUCUGGCAGACUUGGCUGGGGGGAAAACAGGAGACAGAGUGGCAGAGGCAUCCCUUGCUUCAGAACAUGAUGUCCUUCAUGCUGGUCCUACUGAAGAUUCAUCCAAGGACAGCCCCUUCCCAACAGUAAAUCACAUCAUAACAAUACCUCAGAUAAUCCUCACGUGCCCUUCCACUUCUGAUGAAGACACCGACCAGUUGCCCCCAGACCCAGAUGACUUUGAGCCUGAGGAGGCCGACGGUGCAGAAGGACAUACCUAUUGGGACUCUCUAAACAGUGCUUUUUAUCCUCCGUAAUAAAAUACUUUUUUGAGAAUAGUUGACUGGUGAUUUUCUUUCCCAUUGUUCAAUUGCAUUUAAUGUAGUACUUGAACCACUAUGCCUUAUUUGUAGGGAAAACCAUUGCAGUGAGGAUGGAUUAGA